AUGUCGAGACUUCGCAACAAAGAAAAGCCCGUAGCCGUGCAGGAAUCAGAUGACGAUAUUGAUGACGAUGAGGAUGAUGAAGAGAUGGGGGCAGAAAAUUCCGACGGAGUUUUUGAGCUUCCUGAAAAGCUUGAGGAAUGUCAUUGGCAGCGGCGCUCAAUAACAGAUCUUUAUGAUAUGAUGUCGAGUCCCUUUUUAGACUUAAAUCCAGACUAUCAAAGAGAUGUUGUUUGGAAUAGUGAUAGAAUGACAAAACUCAUAAAUUCCUUGAUAUGCAAUUACUAUAUCCCCCCUCUUAUAUUUAAUGUUCAAACGAUAAAGACAGAAGAAGGCGGGGAGAGGUUUCUCCGGAUCUCAAUCGACGGGAAGCAGCGUCUUUCGUCUAUCCGAGAAUUUGUCAAUGGAAAUAUUCCUUGUACAGAUAAGCACGGUCGUAAAUGGUUUUUCAAAGAUAAUGGCAGUCCGUCCGGCAAAAACAAACGAUUACUCAAUGAGAAAUUCAAACAACAUUUCUUGGGACAAGAACUGCUUUGUGCAGAAUAUGCGGCCUUGGAAAGAAAACAGGAAGAAGAUCUGUUUUCGCGCGUUCAAUUAGGGGUGCCACUUACACCCGCCGAAAAACUCCGAGCGAGCUCAGGUGCUUGGCAGGCAUUCGCUCUUGAAAUAGAACAGAAGUAUCCAGAUCUCAUGCAAACUGUGGAUAAUAGGCGUGGUCGGAGCUUUCAGCUUAUUUUACAAAUUUUUAAGCAGAUUCUCAAUUCAGAGGAUCAAAACUCUAAAUACAGCGCUGGCGCUAUUUCCCUUAAGGCUUUCUGUGAACAAACAUUCCAGAAUCAUAAUUACACCCACGCAACGAAAUAUUCACCUAUAGAAUUUGUUGCCUCUGCGCUUUUGAUCCAUCAACAUCCUAAUCGGACCAACCCUACUCUUCUCAGUGGGGAUAUCCUGAAGAUGCGUCAAGUGGUUAGAGAGGAAAGACAAGAUCUCCGCAGCAACAGCUCGACCUGGAGUUCUCUUAUGAAGUAUAUCACGGAUCUCGAAAUACACCGAGGAGGAAUGAAUAAUGUAACACCACGAGAUGGAGUUCGAGGGGUUCAGAAUCUCAAUACAAGAACCCCAGAUGGUUCUAAUAAUGUCCAGCAGAGUGUAGAGCCAGGAAAAUCAGGGCCGCAAGCGCGAAGGUUGUCCAAAAGAGCUGCCCCCUCGACAGAUUCUUUCAGUCCAGCUACUUCAUCGUUGCAGAGACCACAUACGCAUGUGGGGCCUGGGGGUGAGUUUGAUCAAUACCAGGAAGCAUUAGCAUCACAACGAUAUGCUGUAGCGUCGCUACCGCCUCGGCCGUCAACUGGUCAAACCCAAGCUCCCACGGCGCCGCUUAGGCAGCCUGCAGCAGAGCGCCCGGGCGAUCGAUAUAGGGCUAUCACAAAGACACAUAAUGGAAUUGCGAACGAAGCCUGGAACGAAUCUUCUCUUGGCGGAAGCACAAGUUAUUCUUCACCCCAAAGGCCAAUCAAAAGACCCAGAGUAGAAAACGAGGCGUCGAGGAUAAAAAGAGAAGGAUGA